AUGGCAGGACAGACAUCCCCUUCAGACUGUUCUCAUCUCAUUGACCACAGCCACGUCCCUGAGUUUGAGGUGUCUCCUUGGAUCAAGAUCACUUUGGCCUCAGUGUAUGUCUGCAUCUUCAUUGCGGGCAUCUUGGGCAACAGCAUCACCAUCAAGGCCACCAGGAUCCUGCAGAAGAAAGGCUACCUGCAGAAGGAGGUCACAGACCACAUGGUGAGCCUGGCCUGCUCUGACCUGCUGGUCAUCCUGCUGGGCAUGCCCAUGGAGUUCUUCAGUGCCAUCUGGAGCCCCUUUUCCACUCCUAAUGGCAACAUAGCUUGCAAGCUCUACUACUUCCUCUUUGAAGCCUGCAGUUAUGCCACUGUGCUGCAUGUUGCCACCCUCAGCUUUGAGAGGUAUGUGGCUAUCUGCCACCCCUUCAAGUUCAAGGCUGUCUCUGGACCCCGCACGGUGAAGCUGCUGAUUGCCUUUGUCUGGGGGACAUCUGUCAUCGUGGCUCUGCCCCUGCUCUUUGCCAUGGGCACAGAAUAUCCCCUGGAAACCAUUGAGGGCUACCAAGGUACGAUUGCCUGUGACAAGUCUAUGCCCAGGCACCACCUCCCUGAGCUGAAGCACAAUAUGACCAUCUGUACCAGCCUCUCCUCCAAGUGGUCUGUCUUUCAGGCCAGCAUCUUCAGUGCCUUUGCUGUGUACAUCAUAGUGCUGGGAUCUGUCACCUUCAUGUGCCGCAGCAUGAUGAAAACCCUGAUGAUCCGCAACGAAGGAACUGUGGCAGUGAAGGGUGGACUAAGACAUCAGGAGCAGUACCUAAGAAAAAGUGAGAGCUCAGAGGGCAGGAGCUCCAGGAGACAGAUCAUUUUAUUCCUGG